AUGAAUCGCCUUCUAGGGCUUCUACUUUCUGGCGCCGAGUCCAGAACAGAUCCUCAGCUAGAUGAUCGUAUUGGGUUCUUAAGGAGGGAUAUGGAAACAGUGGAGGUCCACUACGAUAUCACAAGGACAAUGAAUAAUCUAGGGGCGUGUCUUCUCAAACGAUUCAGGCUAAAGGGCAACGUGCAAGAUGAAGAAGCAAUUUCUUUGCUGCAAACUGUGGUCGAAAUGACUCCCGAUGAUAACCCCAGUCGAGCACAUACUUGUGGAAACCUUGGAUAUGCUUUAUUUUCUCGCUUCAUGCGCCUCAAGCAGACCCACGAUUUAGAGCGGUCGGUCUCGCUCUUACAAAUGUCAGUACAAGCCACUCAGGAGUCUGAUCCGGAAAUGGGAAAUCGAGUUGGAUACCUCGUGAUGGUACUAACGAUGCUAUACACCCAUACGAAUAGCUUACCCGUUCUGGAACAAUAUACGGCUGCAUUGCAGCUGUACAUAGAUUUAUUGCCGCCCGAUAAUCCCAAGAAGAAGAAACUAUUGGGUCCCCUUGGACUCUGUUUUGCGAAGCGUUUUGAUCACCUUGGCAUACCCGAAGACUUGGAUAAAGCUAUAUCUACAAUGGAAAGCAGCGCCCAGUCAAUGCCAGAUCAAGACCCACACAAAACAACGUGUUUGACAGAGUUGGCUACUCGACUUACCAUGCGAUUUGAUCGCUCGAAUAAUCCCGCUGACAUCGACAAGGCUAUAUCAAUACGACAAUUUCUACUGGCCAGAGCGUCUGGGUCAGGCCCAGAGAGAGCGAUGCUCUUAAAGGACCUUGCCGGCGCAUAUGCAAAGCGGUUUGAAUGCUUUCAAGAUAGGCAAGCUAUCGAAAAGGCGAUUUUGGCCAUUCAAGAAGCUCUUUCAAUACUCGAAGACGGGGAUUCCAAUCUGCCAUCCAUAAUGUGCAUGCUUGGAAGAACCCUACUUGCCCGAUUUGGAGACUCUGGUCUUGUAGACGACCUCGAAGCAGCGAUCUCAAUGCAUCAAGUCGCCGUCGACUUGGUACCAGACAGGGACCCCAACAAACGAAUAUACUUGAACGAUCUCGGGCAAGUAUAUGUAAAAAAAUACGACCACCUCAAUAAUGUAGAGGAUAUGGAAAAGGCUAUUUCAGUGUUACAAGCCGGACUCGACCUCGCUAACGGCGACACUAUCGCCCUUCAAAACCUAUGCAAUACCCUGGGCUAUAUUCUUUUCAGACAAUCAGAACGUCUGGGGAGUCUAGAGCUUCUGGAGCGUUCAGUAACAGUUCUAAGGAUCAGCAUCGAGAACACCCCGCAGGGUGAUCCAAAAAGAUUACAUUCCCUGAGCAAUCUAGGAUUGGCACUGUACAUGCGAUUCACCCGCCUAAAAUUCCGAAAAGAUCUGGAAGAUGCCAUUGGAGCGCUCCAAGAGGCACUAGAGCUAUCAUCCAACAACGUUCGAACCAUGCCAAUGGUAUUGAAUAACCUCGGCUAUGGCCUUAGCCUUCGAUUCAGUAUUCUCGGCGCCGAGGAAGACAUAGAAAGGGCAAUCUUAUGCACCCAACAGGCGGUAGAAUUGGCACCAAGCGAUCAUUUAAUGAAGGCAGAAACCCUUAAUAUUCUCGGUACGGCCUAUCUUACCCGCUACAACGCCUUCUCGCGUGACGAAGACGCCGAGAAUGGUAUUGAUGCAUUACAAACUGCACUUAAUAUCAUACCAAAGGACCAUCCAAACCUUCCUCUCAUCCUCGCGAGGCUCGGUGAUAUACGCCUGACUCGUUAUGCAACACGAUCUUUAGCGCAAAGAGAAAGU